AUGAUUGGCUUCCGGUCGGGCCUGUCGACACAAGAUGCCUUUCUUCUCCUGAAGGAGGAGGUACUCUCUAACAUCCCGAGGGGUGGCGAACACCUCAUUAUGGCGCUGGAUCUCAAAAGCGCGUUUGAUAACGUGUCUCAGGAGGCAAUCCUCUCCGAGCUCAGCAAUCUCAACUGCGGCGAGCGCACCUUCCAAUAUGUCAAGACUUUUCUGUCCAACCGAACGGCAACAAUAGGAAUGGGUGACACGAGAUCGAACCCUCAAGACAUGCCCAACAAGGGCACACCACAGGGAUCGAUAAUCUCCCCGCUCCUGUUCAACGUUGCCAUGAUCGGCGUCGCAAGGGCUCUACAGCAGAUUCCGAACAUCGGAUACACCCUGUAUGCGGACGACAUUACAAUCUGGACAAACUCCGGCUCUCUAGCCGAGAAGGAAUACACACUCCAAGCGGCAGCAAUCUGCGUCGAAACAGAGGCCAUUCGAUGCGGACUGCAUUGCUCCCCCGACAAAUCCGAAGUGAUUCGCAUACAGGGACACCACUACAAAUCGCCAGGCAACCUGAACAUUCUCCUACAUGGGGUCCCAAUCCGGGAAGUACCACUCAUCCGGAUCCUGGGCCUCUGGCUGCAGAGCGACGGAAAGGCCAACCACACACUCCAACUGCUCAAGACUACAACACAGCAGAUCUCUAAGAUGAACCACCGGGUGGUCAGAAACAGAAAAGGCAUGCGGGAGGAAGACACGAUCCUUCUGGUGCAGGCACUGGUCAUCAGCCGCCUCUCCUACGGGCUCCCUUACCUCACCCUGCUCCGAGCAGACUUCAACAAAGCCAAUGCGAUGAUACGCGUAGCCUACAAGAACGCCAUCAGUCUCCCACCGUACACAUCAAACGUCAACUUGGAAGCUUUGGGACUACAUAACACGUUCGAGGAAAUUCAGGAGGCGGUCCUCCUGUCCCAGAGAGAACGCCUCCUCUCCACAGCGACAGGCCUACACAUCCUCAAGCGCAUCGGCUACCCGGCAGACCUUGACGCCAUCCAGUCGACCACAAACAUUCCGACAUCGUACCGGGCCAGAAGACUGCGUCCACAAGUGCCUGACGACCCGUACCCCAUCGUCCCGGACACAGUCCUGGCAGAGGCGAAGGCUGCUCGAAGGGCCGCGCUCCGGAACAUCCUCCCGGAAAAUCCUACGCCCCUGCCAGGGAAGUUCACCCGUGCUGAGGCCACACGCCUGCGACGCAUCGUCACGGAGACAGCAGUGAAACCAGCUCACCGCGCCAUGAUGCGCCUCCAGACCUGCUUCCUGCUCGUCGGAUUCAUCACUCCUCGCACCGCCUCCCUUCGCCUUGUCCUCCUCAGUUCCCGCGACGCCACCGGUCCUACUACCUGGCGAGAUUGCUCUGCGGACGUCCAGUUGAAGUCGCCAAAGCCACCGGCCACCGAAGGCUUUGGAGCGUAA